UGUCACAGAGAUCAGAGGGGUUGUGUGUUUCCUCAGGACUACCUGGACAUGAUGGGUCUGUCAGUAAUGUUUCCUCGUGUAGAGGUGUUCCUCAUUCAAGGCAGCCCAGUGGACAUGCUGGAGAGGCCGCCUAUGGACGAAUACUACUUCCACAUCGCCAAACUGAACCAGCUCCUGGUGCUGAGUCAACAGCUGGAGGAAGAUAUCAGGCACCUUGGAAGUCAUAAAUACAUUGCGCACCAGCUCUCGGUUAUUUAUCAAGUCCUCAGCUCUUUCAGAGGAAUUCAGGCUUUCUCUGAAAUGAGGAAAGACAUCGAGGCCAACUUCAAACAGAUUAAACAGUCUCUGGUGGUGGAGGAAGGCUCCAGGCACGAACCUCAGCUGGCUGCUCAAUACAUCAACUGGAUAUUAGAACUAACUCAGAGCUUAACGUCGGUGGUGUUGACGCUGCCGGAGGAGCUGACGGAAGACGUUCACCAGGCCGUGACCUUUGUGUCCCAGUUCCUGUCCUGACUCACCCCGACCAGCGCCCCUAUGUCUAUGAACCCUUACGGUCUGAUGCACCAGGUCUCUCCAGGAGCCUCUUCAUGAACUGAUGUUGUUAUGACUGUGAAAAGGUGCUACACAUUCAACUGCUCGAUGGCCGGAUUCUUCAUGUACAAAUCAUGUAGGUUUUUAUAUUGUCCUCCUGAAUGUGGCCCAUGUUAGUCCCUAUGAUGAGUCAACUGUUUGGAAAUGAA